AUGUUGAUUGUUCCAAGAUGUUUGGUUUGUGGAACGAAGAGCGAUCGUGUCGAUCUAUUUAGGGAGUUGCAACUGUCCUUCCCCAACACCAACUACUCUGAGAAUCAGACCGUGCAGUCGAUGCUGGUCUACUACUUCAAGCCGGAGAAAUUGGCCGAAGAUAACCAAUGCUACUGCGAGAUAUGCAGUCAAUUGACCGUCAGAGAACACAUAACCAAGAUCAUGGCGCCGCCUCUGAAGCUCUUCCGGUACGAUCCUUCCUCGCACCAGAGUAUCAAGAUGCAACAUUCCAUAUGUCUUGACGAGCAGCUUAUUAUCGACAGCUGGAUUAACCAGCUUUACGCGGUUGUAAUCCCCUGUGGCUCAAGUGUCGAUAGCGGCCACUAUUUCACCAUCUCCAAAGACAAGAAUGACUGGUACCAGUUCAAUGAUGGCUCCGUAUCUAGAACUUCGUCUGAGAAGCUAUCUUGA